UCACCGCCCUAGAGACAGCGAAGGGGCGUAAGCGGGAGCUGGGCGGACCGCGCGGGCGGAGUUGUGUGUAAACUGAGGUUGGCGCGACCGUACCCGACAUGAGCAGCCCGGAGCGGGACGAGGGGACCCCUGUCCCCGACGGCCUCUGCGAUGCUGACGGUGUCCCGGGGAACCCAGGCCGGCGUCCGCCGCUCGGCGAGGAAAGCGCGGCGACCGUGGUGACAGGUGAGGGCCGCGCGGAGGUCGUGGCGAGCCUAGCGUCCCGGGGUGUCGCGGGGCCUGAGCCCCAGAUGCGGAUGGCCGCAACCGGGCAGGGAGAGACUCCGCCUCCCGCCGAGGCCUCCGAGGCAGCGGCGUUCCUGGCUGCGAAAGACGGGGAGAAGGCCCUAGAAACCCGGGGCUCGGAGGCCGAGGCCCAGGACGUGAAGACUGACCAGGCCGCCGUGGCCGUGGCAGCGGAAGAGAAGUCAGAAGUGGAGGCGCAGGGGACGGAGGAAGGGAUGGAGGUGGAGCAGAAGCCCGCGGGUGAAGAAAUGGAGAUGCUGGAGGCGAGGCGAGGGGUGAGGGGCGUGCAGGAGGAGGCCGGGCUCUGGCAUCUGGGCAUAGAUCUCCGCACGAACCCCCUGGAGGCCAUCCAGCUGGAACUGGACACUGUGAAUGCUCAGGCUGACAGGGCCUUCCAGCAUCUGGAGCAGAAGUUUGGGCGGAUGCGGCGACACUACCUGGAACGGAGAAACUACAUCAUUCAGAGUAUCCCAGGCUUCUGGAUGACUGCUUUCCGGAACCACCCUCAGUUGUCCGCCAUGAUUAGAGGUCAGGACGCGGAGAUGUUAAGAUACGUGACCAACCUGGAGGUGAAGGAACUGAGACACCCCAAGAGCGGCUGCAAGUUCAAGUUCUUUUUUCGAAGGAACCCCUACUUCAGAAACAAGCUGAUUGUCAAGGAGUAUGAAAUGAGAUCUGGCCGAGUGGUGUCGCUUUCCACUCCAAUCAUAUGGCGGAGGGGACAUGAGCCCCAGUCCUUCAUUCGCAGGAACCGAGACCUCAUCUGCAGCUUCUUCACCUGGUUUUCAGACCACAGCCUUCCGGAAUCCGACAGGAUCGCCGAGAUUAUCAAAGAGGACCUGUGGCCAAAUCCUCUGCAGUACUAUCUGUCACGUGAAGGAAUCCGUAGACCCAGACGUCGCCCAGUAAGGGAGCCAGUGGAGAUUCCCAGGCCCUUUGGCUUCCAGUCAGGUUAACUUUUGCCUUUGAAAAUACAGCUGGAACAGGUCCCUUCCCACCUGUGCUUGAGCAAAUGUAACGGGUACU